GAGUGGGGCGGAGCUGUUUGCGUCGCGGCCGAAUGGGGGAGUCGAUCCCGCUGGGCGCGCCGGUGCCGGUGGAGCAGGCCGUGCUGGAGACGUUCUUCUCCCACCUGGGGAUCUUUUCCUACGACAAGGCCAAGGACAAUGUGGAGAAGGAGCGCGAGGCCAACAAGAGCGCCGGGGCCAGCUGGCUCUCGCUCCUGGCCGGGCUGGCCCAUCUGGCUGCCGCCGAGAAGGCCUAUCACAGCAUGACCUUCUUGGGCCAGAAAUUAGGUGGUCAGUCAUUCUUCAGCCGAAAGGACUCCAUACGCACAAUCUACACAUCUCUGCAUAACGAACUGAAGAAGGUGGUAGCAACAGGUCGGAAUGCAUUGGGAGGAACAGCCCCUCACCUAGAAGAGUUGCUCUCUCACCUCUGUGAGCAGCUCUGUUUUUUUGUUCAGGCUCGAAUGGAAAUUGCUGACUUUUAUGAAAAAAUGUAUAGCCUUAGCACCCAGAAGUUUAUCAUCUCUGAAGAACUAGUAAACAUCUUGGAAACCAUAUUAAAGAAAUACAGUUCAAGGUUUCAUCAUCCAAUCCUUAGUUCUCUUGAAAGCAAUUUCCAGUUAGAAGCAGACGUGCUCACCCAUCUUUUGAAGGCUCAGGCACAGAUUUCAGAAUGGAAAUUCCUCCCAUCAUUGGUCAACUUGCACAAUGCUCACACAAAGCUACACACGUGGGGACAGAUCUUUGAGAAGCAGCGAGAAACCAAGAAACAUCUAUUUGGUGGCCAAUCUCAGAAGGCUGUGCAACCUCCACAUCUUUUCCUUUGGCUAAUGAAAUUCAAAAAUAGUCUUCUAGCCAAAUUUAGCUUUUACUUUCAUGAAGCACUUAGUCGGCAAACAACUCCAUCUGAAAUGAAAACUUUGACUGCAAAAGCCAAUCCUGACUAUUUUGGGAAAAUUUCCAGCUUCAUCAGGAAAUACGAUGCUGUUAAUAUUUCUUUAAUAUUUGACAACCAGGGAUCAGAGAGCUUUCAGGGACAUGGUUAUCAUCAUCCCCAUUCCUAUCGAGAAGCCCCAAAGGGUGUAGAUCAGUAUCCUGCAGUAGUCUCUCUGCCCAAUGAUAGGCCUGUGAUGCAUUGGCCCAAUGUCAUUAUGAUUAUGUCUGACAGAACUGCUGACCUUAACAGUUUAGAAAAGGUGGUCUAUUUCUAUGAUGACAAAGUUCAAAGCACGUACUUUCUGACCCGUCCAGAGCCUCACUUUACCAUUGUAGUUAUUUUUGAAUCCAAGAAGUCAGAGAGAGAUUCCCACUUCAUUUCUUUUCUUAAUGAAAUUUCACAUUCCCUCAAAAACUCUAAAGCCUUUGCAGGUCUGAAACCUGGAUCCAAAGGAUGAAUAACUGCUUCUAUUAAAAUAAUAUGCUGGACUGCAAGGAAAUGUGCUCCAUCUCUGUUUUGUGUGUGUGUUUUUAAAUAUUUAAUGCUUACUAUUAAAAUGUAAUAUUAAAAUUUGGGGAGAUAAACAGGCAGAAUGACUUAUAUAAAGAUCAAUGAAAAAGUAUAAUGAAAACUAUUUAAACACAGUGCACUAAAAUUAGAAUGGUGUUUUGCUCAACUACUGUAUUUUUUAAAGUCCAUGACACUUUGAUAGGCAUACCUAAAUUGAAUAUAUGCACUUUAUCUUUUGCUGGUCAUGCACCUAAAAUCUGCUGGAAACUUUGCUUGAAAGUAAUAUUGAAUGGAUUUUUCCUAAGACCUCUUUUCUUCUGUUUUGAAAAGUACUGUUCAGUCAUUUCCACUGGAAAGUGUCAAACCCUCUUAAAUAAUUGCAAUAAAUGCAUCACGGAAAAUA